GCAUUUCCCAAUUAAGAAUGAGUCGUGCUGCUUUUUUCAAGUUGUGUGAUAUGUUGGUUACAAAAGGUGGGUUGAGACCAACACGACAUUUGAUAGUAGAAGAACAAGUAGCUAUAUUUCUACUUGUAUUAUCCCAUCAUCACAAAAAUAGAACCUUAAUAACUGACUUUCAAAGAUCCGGGAGAACACUAAGCAAAUGUUUUUCUACUGUAAUACAUGCGGUGUUACAACUUCAUUCUACUUUGUAUGCUAAACCUCAACCAAUUACGAUGGAAUGCGAAGAUGAUCGAUGGAGAACAUUUCAGAAUUGUGUGGG